UCCGGACAAGCCCCGUGUGACGUGGCCGCGCGCGGGGGGCGGCUCCGGGCCGGGGGCCGGGCGGCCGGGCGGGGCAGAGCCAGGGCGGGGCGCGGCACCGCAGCUGGAUGGCCGGGGCCGCCCGGAGCGCCACCGCCGCUGCCGCACGUACGUGGCAUGCCUGGAUGUCCCUGCCCUGGCUGUGGCAUGGCAGGCCAAAGGCUCCUCUUCCUCACUGCCCUUGCCCUGGAGCUCCUGGGAAGGGCUGGGGGUUCCCAGCCAGCCCUCCAGAACCGGGGGGCUGCAGCAGCCUGUCGCCUGGACAACAAGGAAAGCGAGUCCUGGGGGGCUCUGCUGAGUGGGGAGAGGCUGGACACCUGGAUCUGCUCCCUCCUGGGUUCUCUCAUGGUGGGGCUCAGUGGGGUCUUCCCGUUGCUCGUCAUUCCCCUGGAGAUGGGCACCAUGCUGCGCUCAGAAGCUGGGGCCCGGCGCCUGAAGCAGCUGCUCAGCUUUGCCUUGGGAGGACUCUUGGGCAAUGUGUUCCUACACCUGCUACCUGAGGCCUGGGCUUACACAUGCAGUGCCAGCCCUGGUGGUGAGGGGCAGAGCCUGCAGCAGCAACAGCAACUGGGGCUGUGGGUCAUUGCUGGCAUCCUGACCUUCCUGGUGUUGGAGAAGAUGUUCCUGGACAGCAAGGAGAGGGAGGGGACCAGCCAGGCCCCCUCCAAAGACCCCACUACUGCUGCCUCUGCCGGUGCCACACUCAAUGGAGGCCGCUGUCUGGCCCAGCCGGCUGCAGAGCCUGGCCUUGGUGCGGUGGUCCGGAGCAUCAAAGUCAGUGGCUAUCUCAACCUGCUGGCCAACACCAUCGACAACUUCACUCACGGGCUGGCCGUUGCUGCCAGCUUCCUUGUGAGCAAGAAGAUCGGGCUCCUGACGACCAUGGCCAUUCUCCUGCAUGAGAUCCCCCAUGAGGUGGGCGAUUUUGCCAUCCUGCUCCGGGCUGGCUUUGACCGAUGGAGCGCAGCCAAGCUGCAACUCUCAACGGCGCUGGGGGGCCUGCUGGGCGCCUGCUUCGCCAUCUGUACGCAGUCCCCCAAGGGAGUAGAGGAGACAGUGGCCUGGAUCCUGCCCUUCACCUCUGGCGGCUUUCUCUAUAUUGCCCUGGUGAAUGUGCUGCCCGACCUCUUGGAGGAAGAUGACCCGUGGCACUCCCUGCAGCAGGUGCUUCUGCUCUGCACUGGCAUCGUGGUGAUGGUGCUGUUCUCGCUCUUCGUCGAAUAACCAUCCCUGACGCCCCCAUGCCCCUAAAAGCAAUAAGAGACUCAGAUUCACUCUG